CUCGGAACCAGGCGCCUCACAGACUUUUUCCGCUUGCCUGUCGACUUUAACUUCGACCCGUAUCUUCCGAUUGCGUUCACAUCAUUCAUCUCACCCCGUGUCCAAACCCUUGAAUUGGAGAACACGCAAUCGCCCUCCGCCCUGAUGGAACUCUUCCAUACCUGGAGUUCAAAUCCUUACCAGAUGCGAAUCUUAGGGGAUUAUGAUUCAAUGGUCCUUCCUAAAAUUUAUGCUUGUCUCGUAUCGCCUAGCGUCAAACCCGUCGUCAUUUCGCGUAUUCUCGACAUCGUUGAUCAUAUUUUCACGACCCCAGAUGAAGCCCGCAUAUCCAAGAUCAUUCGGCCCCAUAUUUCUCUACUCAUCACCAACCUCACUACCUUGAUCAAGGAAACCUCUCGUACUGGUACAAUGACUUCUCAAUUGGCCCAAAGACAAAUUGGUAUACUCCGAGCCAUCUGUGACCAUGUCACAGAGGAAGAGCAAGCAACAUCGUUAAUCGACCUCCUAGUACCUUCCCUUCGAAAACCUUCAAAGGUCGUACCCGAAACCGUCAAGGUAGAUCUACUGCAAGCGAUAUGUAGACUUUUACUACUGCUUGAUAUCAGAAAAGACCGAACGGCCGCAUUGACGUCUCAAGUCUUCGAAGCCACUUCGCAGAUGCUACAAACUUUAAGAGUUCGGCAAGCUCGUCUUGCUGCCGUAGAUGUCUUCAUAUCGCUGGCAUCCAAAGAUCCUAAUGUUGCAAGAGUGGCCCCUUUGAUCAAAGACUUGAACUCUUUUGAUCCCCAUCGGCCAGAGGAGCCCGAUUUCGAUAGACGAAUUGCCGCAUUUGGGAUCUUGAACGAGGACCUGUUUGCCAAACUUUCCUCUUCCGAGUGGCUACCCUUGUUACAUAACAUGCUCCAUUUCAUUCACGACAGAGAAGAGCUAUCCAUUAGAGCGAACGCAUCUUAUGCAAUACGUCGCUUUAUUGAGAUGUUGAAAGGCGGCCUAUCCAGUGACAGACAACAGCUUUUCAGCAAAGUUCUCUUUACGGGGCUAAAGAAUGGCCUUCGCACAAAGCACGAGCUCGUCCGUACAGAAAUUAUUGGUAUAAUUGGCUUUGCAGUCAAGGAGUGCCCCCAAAAUCCCAUCAUAUAUGAUAUGGCUCCAUUAUUGGCCAACGGAGACGAAGAGGCCAAUUUUUUCAAUAAUAUCCACCAUAUCCAAAUUCACCGUCGCACUCGAGCAUUGCGCCGAUUGGCUGAACAGUGCGAUUCAAGUGCACUGCGGUCCUCAACAUUAAACAAUAUUUUCGUCCCAAUGAUAAGCCACUUCAUUGAAGACAUAGCGUCAGAUCAUUUACUUGUCAAUGAAGCGAUCAACACACUGGCACACAUCGCGCAAAACCUGAUUUGGAGUCGCUACUACGCCCUGGUACGACAAUACAUGAAAGGGGUUAAAGAGAAGAACGGCUCUGAAAAGCCUCGAAUACGUGGUUUGAUUGCUGUGCUCGGGAGCUUUCACUUCACCAUGGAAGAAAGGGUUCCUAUCAUUUCUGAGGACAAUGAUGAUGACAGUGAUGAAAUUCAGGAGGAACAACUGAAUCAGUCUUCCUCUAACAGUGUCAAAAUCGCGGACGCUGUCAAUAAUCAUCUCCUCCCCUCGCUCUUACGAUUCAUGGAAACACGUGAAGAAACAGAAGAUGUUUUGCGACUUUCAGUGGCCAUGGGAGUGGUGCAAGUAGCGAUGCAUCUACCCGAGGAAAAGCAACGACCUCAAGUCACACGUAUAAUCACAAUUCUCAGCCAAGCUCUUAAAAGCAAGUCCAGUGAGACGCGAGAUACCGCCAGAGAUAUUCUUUGCAAACUCGCGGUUGCAGUUGGUCCUUCAUAUCUUGUGGACAUCAUCAGAGAACUUCGUAUAGCAUUGACCCGUGGGCCUCAACUGCACGUUUUGGCCGUAACUUGCCACUCAUUGCUCCAUCAUCUGACGACCGGAGAGGCUAGUCGAACCACCCCAAUAUCCUUCGAUGAUGUGGCGUCCAGCAUGUCUGAAAUAGCCGCUGAGGUGAUUUUUGGCCAGUCAUCGAAAGAAUUGGUGGAAGACAGUAAGGCCACUAUGCGGGAAGUGCGAAGUGCUUCGUCAAAGGGUCUCGAUUCUAUGACCAUCCUAUCACGAUUUGUUUCACCUUCAUCAAUCAGCCAUGUUCUGACACCAAUCAAGUCUAUUAUGUAUGAAACGGAAUCAACAAAGGUCAUGUCUCUAGUUGAUGAGACAUUGAAGAGAAUAUCAGGUGGACUCAAUAGUAAUACAUCACUUGAUCCGGCAGCCUUGCUUUCGUUAUGCCACAGCUUAAUCAGUCAAAACGCAAAGUUCUUGCAAGAGAAACUAGCGCAAGCUCGGAAAGAGAAGGGUAAAAACGCGUUCACGGUCCAAACGAAGAGGGACUUACCCCAAGCUCUCAAUCACUAUGCUCACAACUCCUAUCGAUUCGUGGUCCUAGGACUUGACUUAUUCGUCGUCGCCUUUCGUCGCAAUCGCUUCGAUUUCAAAAGUCAAGAUACUAUUUCAAGACUAGAACCUAUGCUCAGUGUGAUUGGAAAUACCCUUUAUUCGGCUGCAACAGAAGUAGUCGUAUUAGGCCUCAAAGCAGCAGCCGCCAUCCUCAGAGCUCCGCUUAGCUCUGCAUCCAAGUCUCUUCCUGUGAUCAUUCGUCAACAAGUCCAAAUCAUCAAACAAUCAGGCAGUACCGAAUCAGAGGUUGCUCAGGCAGCUCUCAAAUCUCUUGCCGCUGUGCUCAGAGAGUGUACGGGGGCACAACUCAAAGAGAAUGAUCUAAAGUUCUUAAUCCAAACUAUGGAACCAGAUCUAGAGGAGGUGGAGCGCCAAGCCGCUGUUUUCUCCCUCUUGCGGUCAAUUAUAGCCCGAAAGCUUGUGGUUCCGGAGAUCUAUGAUAUGAUGGAUAAAGUGGCCAGUGUAAUGGUCACAAACCAAUCGACUCAAGUCCAGGAAACAUGUAGAAACAUUCUCCUUCAGUUUCUACUAGACUACCCCCAAGGAAAAGGUCGACUGAGGAAGCAAAUGACCUUCUUGGCUAGCAACUUGGGGUACAUCCAUGAAAGCGGCAGACUCUCAGUCAUGGAAAUUCUAACCGCCAUGUUCAACAAGUUUGCACCAGGGCUACUCGAAGAAUAUGCGGAGCUGUUCUUUGCGUCUCUCGUUAUGGUUCUCGCCAAUGAUGACUCUGCGGAGUGCAGAAAAAAGGCCGCAAAUCUAAUCCGUAGUCUAUAUCAGGUCGUUGGAAAAGAACCCAGAUUGCACAUGUUCGAGCGUUUGCAUAUAUGGGCGUCCCAGGCUUCACCAUCGCACUUGGCCAGUGUAGCGGCGCAGGUGUACGGACUGGUGCUCGAUUCCUCUAUUCAAGAUAUGCAGGGUCGGUUGCCAAUUAUCGUCCAAGAUCUAUAUAAGAUGCUUGAACGUGCAAGUCAGCAACAGGAGAUCCAAGAGUCCUCACUUGAUAUGAUGGAAAUUGACCUCGACUGGCAAAGCCCUUACCAUGCUCUUACAGUCUUGACCAAGAUCGCAAAGUUGCCUUCUGAUACAAUCGACUUGAUGGAUGCCGAAGAGAUAUUUUCGUCAAAGCAUGUAGUCGGGUUAAUGCUUUUCCCCCACGCGUGGGUUAGGAUGGCAGCGUCCCGUCACAUAGGGACACUCUAUUCACUAGACAAACAAAACAAGGGAUUCGAUUCAACACUCUCGGAGUACCAUCCUGCAUCUCCCAAAGGUAUGAUUGUGGUGGCUCAAAACUCAGCGAUUCAACUUCAAAGCGAGAAUCUGGAUCAGCAAUGGGCAUUGCAGAUAGUGAAGAACCUCGUGUACUUGGGCAAGGCAUUUUAUGGACACAAAGGAAGUGCAGACGCAAGCGAGAUGGAGAAUGGCGACUCAUCGGAGGAUGAAUCAGAUACUGAGUCUAAUGAAGAUACUGGUUCCAACAAGGUGAAGAGCAUCGCAAAAGCACCGCUGCCAUGGAUGUUUUCCAGGUUAUCAUACCAGAUCAAAUCAGCUCACAUUGAGCCACCAGCAGCCAUAUUUCAAUGGUUCGCUGCAAUGACAACACACAUGAAUGCGGUCGACGUUGAGAAAUACCUGGUCCAUAUUCUAACGCCUGUCUACCGAAUAUCAGAGGACGAUACCACUCAAGAAGAGCUCAAGGCUACUGCGAGCGAACUCCAGGAUCUCGUCCAGAGUAAAGUUGGUGUCACAGCUUUCACGUCUGUCUAUAGCCAGAUUAGGCAGGGCGCUUUGGCUAUUCAGCGAGAUCGGAAGGCUUCACGCGCUAUGCUGGCUGCUUCAAAUCCCCAACUAGCCGCCAAGAGACAGGUUCACAGGAACUUGUUGAAAAAGGAAAGCAAGAAAAGAAAGUUCAACGCUUUCAGGUUCGCCUCCCUGUGUAUUCUACUCACACAACUGACUCACUCGCAUCCGGCAGAGAACGCAAAGGGUUGCCUUCCAAAAAGAGACGCAUCGACUAAAUCUAGUCACGGUCUUAUGGACAUGCUUUAA